CCGGCACCGGCCCUCUCCCUGCCUACUGGGCUCCACUGACCGAGUUCCUCCGACCCCGCACCGCCCGGUGCCGUGGCUCUGCGCCGGGCCGGGAAAGCACAGGGCUGGCCCCGGGGGGUACCGGUGGCUGCCCGGUGCAGGCACAAGGGGGAACCACUGUAGCUGUUGCAGCGGCUGAGCCGGCAGCGUGCGGGCAGGGCGCGGGCAGGGCAUCGAGGGUACCGGCAGGGUUGUGAGGGGUUGUGGGCAGCGUGGAUGUGCUGGCAGGAUGUGGGCAAGCAGCACACAGGGUGUGGGCAGUGCGAACUGGGUGCUGGCUGGGUGCGAGCAGCGUGCAGGUACUGCAGGGUGAAGUGCGGGCAGUGCUUUGGGGUUACAGGCCGGGUGCGGGCAGCACGGGCAGGGUACGGUCAGAUUGCGGCCAGCGUGUUGGGUAGCGCGUCCAGGGUGCGAGCAGUGCAGGGUGAAGCGCGGGCAUUGCAUUGGGGUUACAGGCAGGGAGCGGGCAGUGUGCGGGCAGCGCGGGGCGGGCACGCACGGCCGAUGAGCUCACUGCAGUCUCGCCGCCCAUGAGCGGCGGGGCUGGAGCCGCCCGGCGCCGAGGGGCGGGGGCGGGCGGGGGCGGGCAGCGGAGCCGCCGCGUCUGCGGGAGCCGCCGCCGCCGCCGCCCCGCCGGGCAGCGCCGGGGAGCGCAGCGGGGGAGCAGCGGGGCUGGGGCGGGAGCGGGAGCGGAGCAGCCGUCACCGGCGAGCUCGGCGGCACCGGGCGAGAGGAGCGCGGCCGCUGGCCCCGGAGGAGCAGCCGACGCCGGCAGAGCCGCGCCCCGGGCCCCGGUAGCGGCCGCCCCGCCCGGCCCCGGGGGCGCUGGGCCCCCCUCCCGGUCCGGCUUAGCCAUGCUCGGCCUGGAUGUGUGCGAGGCCGGCGGGCAGCUGCUGGAGCUGCUCUGGCUGGCGCUGUGCUACCGAGACAUCAUGGCUGACAAGGAGGGGGUGACGCUGUCGCUGGAGGAGGAGGAGGAUGCCGACGUGGCCCUGGCGUAUAAGACACCGGAGAAGAAGAGCCUGCAGGAGAUCCAGGAGCUGGACCCAGGGGACGAGAGCCUGCGGAAGUACAAGCAGGCUCUGCUGGGUGCCAUCCCUGCUGUCCUGGAUGCCAGCAUUCCCAAUGUGCAGGUGACAAAGCUCACCCUGAUGUGUGAGCAGGCUCCUGGACCCAUCACCAUGGACCUUACAGGAGACCUGGAGGUGCUCCAGGGCCAGGCCUUUGUGCUGAAGGAGGGAGUGGACUACAGGGUGAAGGUGUCCUUCAGGGUGAACAGGGAGAUCGUCUGUGGGCUGCGGUGCCUGCACCUCACCUACCGCCGGGGCCGGCCCGUGGACCGCGACGUCUUCAUGGUGGGCAGCUAUGCGCCGCGGGCGGAGGAGUAUGAGGUGGUGACGCCGGCGGAGGAGGCGCCGCGGGGCUGGCUGGCGCGGGGCAGCUACCGCGUGCGCUCCCUCGUCACCGACGACGACAAGACCGAGCACCUCUCCUGGGAGUGGGGCCUCUGCAUAAAGAAGGCCUGGGAGGACUGACACCCCCCGCCCUCACCCCUGUUUCCCCCUGCCGGCUCGGGGCUGCGGUGUCUGCCAGCCUGGGGGACCCCUCGCCGGCACCGCCGCGCUUGCCUGGGCUGUGUGAGGGGCUGUGGGGGGUCCCGUGGCGAGCGGGCACCCGCGGCUGUGGUCUUUGCAACCAAAGUUAUUUUUAAUUGCUGGUUUUUUUUAACUACCGAUGCCUGCCUGCUCUUUGCGACGUCCCCAGUGCUGGGGCCGCGGCCAUGACCCUGCCACGGUGGCACCGUGCCCGCCUCCCCGCCCGGUCGCAGGCUGUGCUCUUCCAUCGCCAUUAAACCCUACAGACUGG